GAUCCGGUGCUACACUUCCGGUGGAGACGUGGCUCUGUCCUGCUGCCAUAUUGACACUAUCUAGCUAACUAUUACACACACUCUCGUCAGCAGAAGCGUCGUACUUUACCGAUUUGGAGUCUUUAAGAUAAUCAAAGCAAAAAAGACCAGAAACUGCAGGCCGACGCCCUAAGGAUAGUAAAAUAAAAAUGGUGCUGUUGGCAGCGGCGGUUUGCACCAAGGCUGGCAAGGCCAUCGUUUCGCGGCAAUUUGUUGAAAUGACGCGGACACGAAUCGAAGGUCUCCUUGCGGCAUUUCCUAAACUAAUGAACACAGGGAAGCAGCAUACUUUUGUGGAAACGGACAGUGUCCGUUAUGUGUAUCAGCCACUGGAGAAGCUCUACAUGGUCCUAAUCACCACCAAGAACAGCAACAUCCUUGAAGAUCUUGAAACACUAAGACUCUUCUCUCGUGUGAUACCAGAAUACUGCCGUGUGCUGGAGGAAAGUGAAAUAUCUGAGCACUGUUUUGACCUGAUCUUCGCUUUCGAUGAAAUUGUGGCGUUAGGCUACAGAGAAAAUGUCAACCUGGCUCAAAUCCGCACCUUCACAGAGAUGGACUCUCAUGAGGAGAAGGUUUUCCGUGCGGUCAGAGAGACUCAAGAACGAGAGGCCAAGGCAGAGAUGAGGAGAAAGGCUAAGGAGUUGCAACAGGCUAGAAGGGAUGCUGAGCGAUCUGGCAAGAAGGUGCCAGGUUUUGGUGGCUUUGGCAGUGCUGGCAUGACCAGCAUCUCUUCUGGAUCUAUCAUUACGGACACCAUUGUUGAACCUGAAAAACCCAAGAACAUACCCACUACAGUCAGACCAAGUGGACCAAGUAAGGCACUGAAGCUAGGUGCUAAAGGAAAAGAGGUGGACAAUUUUGUGGACAAGUUAAAGUCAGAGGGUGAAACCAUCAUGCCAUCCACUGGCAAGAGAGGCUCGGAUGUUUCUAAAGCUCUCCCACCACCAGUGAAUGUCGAAAGUGUACAUCUGCGUGUUGAAGAGAAGAUAUCACUGACUUGUGGGCGUGACGGCGGGCUGCAGAACAUGGAGCUGCUGGGGAUGGUAACACUCCGCGUUACUGAUGACAAGAAUGGACGCAUCCGACUCAUUAUUGUCAAUAAUGACAGUAAAGGAUUACAAUUGCAAACCCAUCCGAAUGUGGACAAGAAGUUAUUCACAGCUGAGUCAGUGAUUGGCCUGAAAAACCCAGAGAAGGCGUUCCCUCUCAACAACGACGUUGGCGUGCUUAAAUGGAGACUACAGACCACAGACGAGUCACUCAUACCUUUAACCAUAAACUGCUGGCCUUCAGAGAGUGGCAGCGGUUGUGAUGUCAACAUUGAGUAUGAGCUGCAGGAGGAGAGCCUGGAGCUCAACGAUGUGAUCAUUACCAUUCCAAUACCGUCUGGUGUGGGUGCUCCUGUCAUUGGAGAUCUGGAUGGAGAGUACAAACAUGACAGCAGGCGAAACGUCCUGGAGUGGUGCCUACCUGUCAUUGAUGCAAACAACAAGUCCGGCAGCCUGGAGUUCAGCAUUAGCGGACAGCCCAGUGACUUCUUCCCUGUCAGUGUGUCAUUUGUGUCCAAACGCAAUUACUGCGACAUUCAGGUGGCCAAAGUGACUCACAUAGAUGGCGACGGCGCUGUUAGAUUCUCUUCAGAGACCUCCUUUGUUGUUGACAAAUAUGAAAUCCUGUAAAAAAUGUUUAAAAAAAAAAAAAAUUAAAAAAUGGCCCACAAAAACAGUCCAAAUCUAUGCUACAGAGAUCAAUUGAAGAUUCGUUGCCUGCCCAUCUUGUAUACCACCACAGACUCUGCACAUUAACAGGACUCCCAUCAACUCUGGCAACACCGCUCCAUGUGCUGGGGAAGAGCUGUAGUGGUGUAUGUAUAUUGUUUGUACGACAGAAAGGAUAAUCUAUAUAUAGCGUUGAUAGAAAUUUUAAAACAACAGUGAUACUGUUGCUGACCUACAUGGAGGCUAAGUUGGCUAACAGAUUGCAGGGCAGGCCACUGUUCGCUUCAUGGUCAGUUUAUCAGUACUACUCUCGACAAGGUUGUAGAGGUCCUUAAGAAUGUGAGACAGUGAUAUCAGCAUUCACUAGAAUUGGCCUGAGUACUUCUCGCAACCCCCAAAAUCAUUCAUUCUCAUCAACAGGUUUGUCUCCCCUCUGUGUUGCUUUACUGUUGGAUAAAACUCAUUGGGGUGCUUGCUUUCUUUUUCAGAUUUCUUUGACUUUUAUAAUUACAGAGUUAUUGUCAAGAUAAGCAAUCACUAAUCUAUUGUGAUUUGUUCUACAAUAUACAGAUGUUUUUUCUUUUUC